AUGAAUAAUAAAGAAAUGAAUGAAAUUAUUGUUUAUUUAGAAAAUGGUUGUGUAUUAACUGUACAAUGUCCAUCAGAAAAUGAAAAAUAUGAUCAUUCUAAAACAUUUGCAUUAUCUAAUAUUAAUAUAACUAAAUCUUAUCAAUUCAUGAGUAUUAAAUCACGUUUAGAUCAUGAUGAAUAUACAAUGAAUAAAUUAGCACAAUAUGAAAAAGAAAAACAAAAUAGACAAGAAAUUCGACGGAUGAAUGCAAGAUUACAACCGGAAACUGAUGAAGAUAAACAAAAAUUCGAUACUGCCGAGGAGGUUAUUUAUCAAGGUGUACUGUCUGAAAUUGCUAAUUGGACACCUUCUUAUCCAUCAAAUCCAUCACCAUUACUUUAUGGAUGUUUGGAUAAAAGCGAACCAAAUCAAUUUUGGGUAUCUCUAGAUGAUUUCGAUAAAGGAUAUUUAUAUAAAUGUGAAUUAGGUGGUCCAUUAUUAACUAUUGAUGAUACCAUUGAAAAACUACGUAAAACAAAUAAACAAACAGAAGAACAAAAUCAAUUAAAUGAUUUAGUUACCAAGGUAACAAAUUUAGAACAAUCUCAAGAUGAUAAUACAAUAAUCAAUAAUGAGAAAAUCGAUAAUCUAGAAAUAAUUGAUCCAAAUCAUAUUACAUUAUUAGAUCGAAUUUAUGCAACUGAACCAAAUAAUGCAAUUUGUAUAUUAAAUAAAAAAGAUACAUCUAUUACAUUUUGGACAUUUUGUAAUUCUGGUUAUCGUUUAUUGAUUGGUUUUAAUGAUGGUACAAUAUGUAUGCAAUUAUUAGAUAAACCAUUUGAUUUAACAAAAUUUAAAGGAUAUUGGAUGUAUCGUUUACAUGAUAAUGAACGUGGACGUGUCAAUCGUAUAGCGCUUACAUAUGAUGAAAAAUUUGUUUUAAGCGCUGGAAGUGAUGGAACACUUUUUGUCUGUGAACUUAUGACAGAAGAAAUGCAAGAUAAAGAAAUUAAAGAGUAUCGUGCACGAAUUCCAUCUACAUUUGAUACUAGUGUAAAAGUAGAUGACAUCAUUGAUCCAAAAGCUUAUAGUAUUGAAGAAACUAAACAAAAAUCAGAACAUGAUCGUCUUGUAGAAUUAGCAGAAAGAAAGAAAGCGGAAACCAGACAAAAAGUAACAGAAUUGAAAGAUCGUUUAAGAAAAUUAAAAGAACAAAACAAUCGCCUACCAGAAAGAAUUCGUCUACCAACGGAGGCGUUCAAUUUAGUUCCACAAAUUCGAUAUGACCUACUCAAAGAUCGUGAAACUGAAAUUGAUUUGGUCUAUAGAGAAACAGCUUGGGAAACUGAGAAAAAUAGGUUGGCAUUAGAAAAAUUAGAGAAUGUAUUCAUAAAGCCGUUAGAUUGUGAUCGUAUAACUGUCAAAGCAUUUUGUAGUGGUCACUGUGUAACUUCAAUACGUAUGAAUAAAUUAAGUGAAGAACAUAUGAAAGUCUAUGAUGAAAUAAUUAGUAUUCGAGAAAAAUCAUUGAGCAAAGAAAAAGAAGACACAGUAAAGGAUUCUACACAAUUAGAUGUAACUAGUACAAUGGAACAUGAAUCUGAAAAGAUUAAAAAUGUUACUAAUCAAGUUAAUACAUCAAUAAAAGGAGCACGGGGUUUAAGAAUUGCACAAAAGUUACACUUACUUGAGGAAUCUAGACGAAAACGAGAUGCUCGUCGAGCUCAGUGGAAACAAUUAGAAGCUAUGAAACCAGCUGAUGAUUAUGAAGAUCCAAGAGAUAUGAAAGAAAUUCAAUUGGCUAAAGAAACAAUAGGUGAUUAUAAAUUGAAAUCAGCAACUAAUUAUGUAAUACCUGAAAGUAUGAAAUUGAAUACAUUUGAAGUGAAACAUAAACUUCUUAAUCUUGUGGAUCAUGUGUAUCAAUUAAGUCAUGAAUUCAAUGUAUCAUUAAUUGGAUUACGUAAUAAAAAAAUGAAAAUUAUAGAAAAUUUGAAAAAAAUUGAUAAACAAUUAAAAUAUAUUAAUUGUAAUUUACCAUUGAAUGAAUAUGGUAUACGUUUACAUAUUGAUGAACUUGAUGAAGAUGAAUAUCCUGAAAGAAAAUUCAUAUACAACAAUGAGAUUCUAUUGAAUUUUAAAGAGAAUUUAGAAACGAAUAAACAAACAGAACAAACUAAUGUCACCAUAGCAACAACAACUAAGAAGCCAUCAAAUAAAAUACUUUCAUUUACUGAAUGUAUUCCACCUGAAGAACGUUGUCAUUGGAAAGAACCAGAAAUUAUCAAAGAAUUCCGUAAUCUCAAUACGAUUGAUUGUAAUGAUGAAACAGAUACUAUAGAUGUUAUUUGGUUUCCAUUACAUUGUUUAGCAUCAGAUCAUUAUAAUCUAACUAUAUUAAAUAAUUCAAAUCAAAAGUACUCUUUAUUAAAACCAUCAUUACAUAAUAUAUUUGAUGAAAUGUCAAUCAAUAAUCUAUUACAUAAUAAUGAAACGAUAGAAGAACAUCCACAGCAACAAGAAAAUCAAACAAAAGAUACCGAUGAUACAAUAAAAAUAUCAAUAUAUCAUCCAAUAAGACCAGAUAAAAUGAAUUCAUACAUGAUGAAUGAGAAUCAGAUGGAAGAUAUAAAUUUAAAUGAAAUCAAUCAAAGUAGUACAAUGUUACGAUCAUUAGAAAUGGAAUAUAAAGAACAAAAAUGUAUUAAAACAAUUUAUUAUCGUAAUUAUUUAUUACAAUUAGCUAGUCGAUUAGUUCGUUGUUUUGAUAGAGAAAUUCAUUUAUUCCGUCAUCAACGUUAUCAAUUAGGUGUAUUAUUAAAACGUUCUGAAUUAUAUCAAUGUACAUUAUAUAAUGAAUAUUGUUUAUUAAAAGAAUUUGAUAAAUCUGAAUAUGUUUUAAUGGAAAAAAUGAAAAAUAGAUUAGAAGAAAAACAAGAUAUUACUAAUAAGGUAAAUGAAUUAACUUUGAAACUUGAACAAAAAAAGAAAGAUCUAGAACGUCUUUCUCAACGUGAACAUCAAAUUCAUGAAGAAUUUAAAACAAGUUUAGAUGAUUCACAUAAAUUUAUAGAAUUUCUUACAAAAGUAUUUAAAAAACGUAUUAAACGAAAGAAGCAAGAAUUAAUUCAUUCAGGUUCUGAAGAUGAAUCAGAAGAAUCUUCUUCAUCAUCAUCAUCUGAUGAUGAUGAUGAUUCCAGUUACGAAGAAAUAGAUGAUGAAAAUGAAGAUGUUGUUAUUAUGGAUUUAGAUACAUGUCCACCAGGUUGUCCAAUGGAAGAUUUUGAACGUACUUGUUUAAUUAGAGAGAAACGUCUAGAUGUUGAAGAAGAAAUGACUGAAGAAAAGAAAACAUUAGAUAUAUUACGUAAAGAUUUAGAUAUAUUUACUAAAAAACAACGUGUUGUUGAAACAACAUUAAAACAAGCUCAAAAUGAAUUGGAAGCAUUUCAGUUAGAAAAACAACGUAAAUUGAAUGAAUUAGAAAUUGUUGUUAUAUUACGAUUAGAUCAAAUAGCUCAACAUUCUAUUCCAUCGGAUAUGACAAAUAGUUUAAUAUUUUUAAAGCAGAAUUUAUAUUCAUUACAAAAACGUAUUCAUGAAUUAGAAUUAGAGCAGAAACAACAAAGAAUUGAAAGAAAACAAGCCAGAACACAUCAUAUUAUGUUACAGAAAUAUAAAAAAUUAUUUCAGAAAGAAAUAGAGAAAUUAUCAGCUUUAUGUGAUAAAGAAAUGAAUGAUAAAUUUGGUAGAAUAGAUGAUAUUGAAAAAAUGGAAAAUGUUAUAGUAAAUCCUAAACUAGAAGAUUUAACAACAAAAAUGUUGGCACUACAAGAGGAAUUCACAAAAGAAGAAGCGAAUAUAGAGGCUAAAAUACGUGAUGCAAGAGAUUCAUGUAUGGGACAAAUACGUCAAAAUACGGUUUAUUUAACAAAAUUAUUAACACUUUUCAAUGAAAAUCAACAAUUACAAAAUGAUUUGAAUCAAGCAAAUGGUGCAAAAAUUGGAACAAUUCAAAGUUCAUUAGGAAUUGUUGAUUCAAAACAAUUAAAACAACUUUCACAAUUAGUUAAAUUACAAAAUGAUGAGAUUAAUAGUUUAACACAAGAAAUUCAAAAACUUUCACGAUAAAAAUACUUUUUUUUCAUCUAAAGUGGCCUAGGUUCGACUCUUUGUACGGAAGAGCUGACGAACUGACUGUGACGUUUUCUUCUUCUUCUUCUUCUUCU